AAAAAAAAGAAAAAUGAAACCAGAAACUUCAGGCAGUACUGAUCACACAUCUCUCUUUACACUUUGAAAGCAUUACAUGAACCCCAAGUCAUCUCUGUCAUGUGAAUCCACACUUGUUUCUAUCUGAUGAAGUCUUUUUCACUGUCCAAUAGAAACCUGGAUUUUUCAGAAGAGACUGGAGGGAGGGGGAGGAAGGGAGUGUCCCAAAUGAAGCAGAUUACCACAGAUGCAUGAAUUAUGAUACUGUUGUUUGGAACUGAAAGACGACCAGAUUUCACAUUCUGGAGCUAAGUUUCAUGGAUUCAAAUUCCAACACUGUGGUUGUGACUGUAGAUUAGGUAUCACCAUAUUUCUUCUCUGUAAAUGGAGUGGAACAAGCAUGGAAGGUGCUAUAUUGUCUACGUGGAGCAGAGGAAUGCUUUAUUGUGCCCCCCCCAGCCCUGCACAUUAGUGGGUAUGAAGGAUCUUCCACAGGCUGCAUUAAUGGUACUUCUCCAGCACCUUGAAGUGUAUCCUGUAUGUUGUCCAUGUCGCAGCUCUGCACAAUAAGGUUUUGGUCCCUUUCGACAAUACCUUGUAAACUCUAGCUGGGAAGCAGUGAAGGAACAUAUGUACAGCACAAAGCGAGGGAAACCUGUACAGCUAUACCAUGCAUGGGGAGAAUCGGUGGGGAACGUACCAGUAGAUGGCAACUUGGGCAGCAGCAACCACGAGAUGACUGAGUUCAGGAUCCUGAGGAAAGGAAGGAUGGAGAUCAGCAGAGAGCUGUCCAAGAUGGGCCUUGGUAGUGACAUAGAUCUUCAAAUUGUGCAACUGCCCGUGUCCUACCAAAAAACAAAGGAGUCAGUGUGGAAGAUUUGGACGACUCUCCAACCACUACUUACUGUUCACACUGGGCUUGCUUCCUCCUCCAAAGCAAUCAUCAUCCUUGAACAGUGUGGGAAGAACAAAGGCUACAAAGAAAAGGAUGUUUGUGGGUAUUGCCCACAAGAUGGCUGUUGUCUGUUAGAUGGCCCGGAGCGACUUGACUCUACAAUUGAUAUGAAAACUCUCUGGAAAACUGUAGCUGUGGAAGGGAUUGACAUCCUCUUCUCCCGAGAUGCAGGAAGGUACAUCUGUGAUUAUACCUAUUACACCUCUCUGUAUUAUGGCAAUAGAAGAGCAGCUUUUAUCCACGUGCCUCCAUUAUCCAAGUCGGUAACAGCAGAUUUUCUAGGAAGAGUAUUACAAUUAAUUAUUUUAGAGAUGUUAAAGCAGUGUGGGAGAAACAGAGAAUAAGGAGGAGGGUUUACAAGAAGACACUCAAAUUCUGCACAGCAAUACCUCACCUGAGACAACCCUGAAGAGUUUAGUAAAAAAAAAUACACACCAUUUUGGAGGAUAUAAAAAGUUGUAAAAAAUCAUCUUUAGCGAUAUUUCCAGAUACAAUUACAAAAAAAGAAAAAAAAAUAUAUAAUUUGUUAGAGGAAUGUAAAUGAUUGGUGCUUUAUUUAGCUAGUGGCCAUAAAUUAAAUUUAGUCUAGAGCUAACAGUACCAGGAAAGCAGCACUGAUGGCUAAACUGCCAUUUCCCCACGAUAUUUUUUAUAUCAUAAUGAAAAGGUAAGAAACAAAUUGCUUUAAAAAGCUUUUUAGAAUGCUUGUUCUCGGUAUUUGAAAACUAGGCAAGCAGGCAUCAUGCAGCCUGCAUAGUUUCCUUAAGGAACUCCACUGAUGCACACAUUUAAGAUUAUAUACGAUUUGUAUGAUCACAAUAUGCUCCCUCUUGCCCUUGCCCUUCCAGCUGCAGGCUAGUAGACAAAUUUAGCCAUAUGAGAUGGACAUGUAAAAAACCUGCUUUUUGUGAGCGAUAGUCACAUGCAUUAUAUGGAUAUUUAAAAUCACUUGUGAAUGUUAUCAAGCCAACUGCAAUCCUCUCCCCAAAAGCACACUUAGGAUUGAGGCACUUUAGAAAAAUACUGUGAAAUAAGCUACUAACCACAUUCAAAGUGCCAUCGCUAUUCUCCCCUUGUUCUGCACUUAAAAGGCUUAUUGCAUUUGGGUCUGUUCUUUACUUUAGGAAUGCACUUGCAGAAGAAAUACCUUGAAAAGGCCAAGUCACCCUAUGUGCUUUUGAGGAAAAGGCUGCAGUUUUAUCCAAGGAGGGAGGACAGCAUCACUUCUGCAGUGAUGCUGUUUAUUUGCAUCUACAGUAGACUGUGAAGUUGCUGGUGGCAAAUUAGGAUUACAGCAGACUUUUGAAAUGAAUAAAGUAAUGAUUUAUCUGGAUUCAAACUGCGCAAGGCCACUUACCCCAACCUCCUGGUGGAUAUAGCAUGACAGGGCAGAGGUUCUCUCUCAGGUAGGACGGUCCCAAGUCAUUUGUCAGCAUAAUCAGUCCAAAACCAACAACCGGAAUUGCCCCAGGAAAGGCAGUUGAUGGAGUGCAGCGUCACGUGCUGUCGUGGCCUAUAACCGAAUUGUAAAGGUAGGCAGGGUGCCAAAUUCUACUCUAGCUGCAGUUUCACAAAGGAGUAAGGGGUCCCUCUUCUAUGCUACAGCGUUCUGCAAUCCAAUCUCAAGGCAGUAAGUGGCAACAAGGUCUACAGCAGAGAUGCAGCCAUAUAUGUAAAGGAGAAAAAUAAAUGUGUUGGGGCUGCCAUUUGCUCAUCUAAAAACAGCUGGGAAUAAAAACAGCCCCUAUAUUGUAUGCCCUGGUAGCAGAAAAUACAAUGUUUCCACAGCUGCUUUCAGGCCAACAUACCAUCCGCUCUAAUUAGGAACCGUGUCCACUUCACCUUGGAAAUCUGAACUUCAUACAAUGCCAGGACAUGAUCAUGCCUCAAGUGCACCCUCUACGCCACACCGUGGCUGAAACCUGCUAACAUGGGUCUAGAGGCGUGAAAAGGCAUCAAGAUCCCAGCCACUGCCCUGCAACCACCUUCUCCAAAUGUAAGCAGGCGAUUCAUGAGUAGGUGUGGGUGAACACACUGCCAGCACCUGAAGACAGCUCUGAGCUCAGCAUCCAUCAGAUUGGCACUGUACCUUCUUCAAACCACCAGCCAAGGAUCCCACUGUCCAUCGGGACCUCAGCAGCCAAGAACAAGGUCCAGAAGCUGGAACUGCAGCAGGGAAGACCACGUACAUUAAAUAAAAGGAAGCCUUAAAAAAAGCCGACUAGCCUUGCGCAAAAGGAGUACUUACUUUAACUGGAAUGUCUUUAAACAGAAAUUAAAUGAAAUUCAGCUUGUAUGGCAGAAAACCUGUACAGGCAGAAGUUUUAAUUUUCUGGGACUACAGUUUCUUUGGGUGAGUUUGGGAUAACAAACAAAGUCAGAAGACGGACAAAUGCAUACAGAAUUCUUUUAUUUAACUUAAAUCAUGUAGUACUGUAACUACUAGAAAAAAGCAGAGUAAGAGAAACUAAAGGAGCCUUAGCUUCAGCCAUUCAAAAUAGACAAAGUUUCUUUUUUCAUAAUGUAAAGAAUCCAGAGUAUAUCGCAAUAACAGGAAUAAAUUCUUACAACAGAAUAUACAAAAACGUUUUGAAAUUUUAUCAUCUACUGAUUCAUUUUAUAUAAACACAGGAAUUUCUUUAGGAAUAAUUUACACACAGCAAGUCUUUUUAUGUAAUAAAUUGGCCAUGUUAUUACUGUUUUAAUUUUUUUUUCUCUUUUUUAAAAAAAAAUUAUUUUUUUUUUGUUUUUUUUUUUAAACAAGAAAACUUGGAAAAUGUUGUAUUUGCAACUGCAUCAGUUCCAUUGCGCUUUCUAGUUUUGUUUUUGUCCCAGAGGUAGACAAACUCUGGCCAAUCCUUUCCUCUCAAACCUCACUGGUUUAGAAAACAGAAGGUUGAUUCUUAAAAUGCAUCUAAACCAUCAUUAACCCUUCAGAAGGUGGGGUGGAAGGUGUAACGUUCAAUCUAAUUCAGAAGGAAAAUGGGAUCUUCAGUAUUCUUAAAUAAAAAUAAAUAGGGACCUUCCUUGUUCGUUUCAAAAGACUUUUAAUGGUGUUAGGUAUCUAUAUGCGCUGUGUAGGUUGCAUACAAAAAACCAUCAUUUUAAAUUAUAAGAAAUCUGUAAACAUACUUUUAAAAAAUUCAAUAAUAAUUAUGAAAACUGCCUUUCGUGAUGCUUUUUACGCAGUCACAUUCUUUAACCCACCUGGCAACCAUAAAAUAAGCCCUGACCAACAACCAAGACUGCUUAGCAGCAAUACCUAUUCUGUUUCCAUAACCAAUGAGGUUCUUGCAAUCCAUCAAGUUAACUGCACUGUACAGUAAAGUGAAAUGACCAGUUAAGAUGAUCCCACCCAAACCAGAGGGUUCUGGAAGACCAGGAUACUGAAGAUACAGAACACUUCCCCAACCUCUUUAUUCAUUUCCUAUACACUGGGACACAAAGCUUGAGAAAAAAGGGAUGAACCGUGAGUUGAAAAACUUAACAAUCUUUUUUGGCAUAUUGUAAAGCUAACUAGGAAACUGGUACUGUCAAAAAACUGAUCAGACAGACACACCCACACACAGAAAAGUGCCUUUAAAUUAUAUUUUAGGCAUUUAUAAACUACAAACAUUUUAUAAAAUUAUUCUAUGUACUUACAAAAUGCAAUGAAACAUUUAAUUAGUUCUUGUAAACCAGAUCUUUGUCAACUGACUACCCGUAAUCUACUGGACUUAAAAGCCCUAUUGAAAAUGCUAAUGGUUGCUAAUCAACGUAACACAUACAAAAAAAGAUGCACACAUGCGCGCGCACACACAAACUAGUGAUAGUCACGUGGUACUUGCAAAACAGACUGAUGGAAAGUUGAGACACUGCAACUCAUACCAACCAAUGACAACAUCUGUAAACCUCUGGAUAAUGAACCGACCACCGCAGAUGGAAGCCAAGAGGUUUAUUUACAAGUACCAAAUGAUUAGGAGCCGUUAUGCCUGAGCAUUGAUGUCAUCCCACAUCCCAAGCUCAGGGAACCCGAGCACUGUGUCUUCGUACAUAGCAGUUUCCACCCUCGUUUUUCAGCAUCUCUUGCCAUUAUCCCUUAAAAUUCUCAGUGACCUGGUUGUGCUCUUAAAUCCACACAGAGUAAUUUAAAAGUGCCUCGUCUCAGAACAACCCGUUUUCUGAGCUUAGGCACCAGCUGAAGCCUUCUGGUCUAGUGACAGUUCUGUAUCUUCAGCACCUCUGGUCGCUAGUGUUUAACCUACAUAUUGUCCUUCCUUUAUAACUCUGAUCUGCACCAACUACUUGGAGCUGAGUUGUGAUAUCUGGCUUUUAUCACUGGUUAAUAAGGAGUGGAUCUCUCGCACCUUCCCCUGCUGUUGCUUUGCCCAGUGAUUAAAUACAUCUAUGACAAACAAAAUAAAACAGUAACAGAAAAAAAAAAAAACCAUUACUUUUACUAAUGGAAUGAAAAGGGGUUUUAAAAAAAAAAAUACAUCAUAUAUAUGAAUGAAGUUAUACCACCAAUAGGCGUAUUGUUCAUUUAGACUUGGAUUGCAUUAAAACAACCCUCAGCAGUUCCCAGAGGACCCAACAGCAGUUCCAUCUGGUGACCAGUCAUCCUGGGCAAACUGGGCUACUUGUUUUUUUAAAACACCAACAGGAGCAUCAGUGCGAACGAAUCUAGAGUCAUACAUCACUUAAAACCAGCUUUACCGAACAGAGGCGUCACACCGAGAAAGAGGCUUGGUGGAAACACAGGCUGGCCUCAAGUUUUCCAUCGGACUUGGUUUCUAUGUAUAGUUUAUCAUCCCAACAGAAGAAUGUCAUAUCUAGUACCAAGCGUGUGACAAUUCUGUAUUUACACAAGUCACCUUCCUUUGCAACCAAACCACCUUCUGUACCACUGGAAAGGUUUAACAAUGACAAAGUCAGGUGAGAAGAAUGGCCAAAGUACUUGAAAUCAAAGCUUCUUGCUCCCUUAGUGAUGCCAACUGGUUAUCGUGUUGUAUUACAGUAUCUUGGUACCCUUUGUCAGAAUGCUUGUUUGGGGGGUUGGGCGGGUUUGGGGGGGUUGUUUUCAAUUCUAAACACAAAUUGGGUUACUAACAAAAAUGUAUUCAAGCACAGCUGAAGUUCUAAAUAAAUUCUCCAUACCAGGCUAGCCAGUGGUCUCUCAGGAAAAGACAGCAUUGCAAAACCAUUUUAUUUCUAUAUCAAGCCAACAUUAAAUUUUCAGGUGUUCACAUGCAUAGACAAUGUGAUUUACUGUCAAAGGGAGGUCUCUACAUGAAGAACAUUGUGGAUAAAGCUAUUCAGAAUGCACACACACAAAACAACAAGAAAAGAGCGGUGGGAACCAAAAAUGGAAUUAGCCUAGAAAUGUGAACACAAUGGUAUAAGAUAAGGUGGUUUGGUCCAAGAGAGCUGACUUUGUCAUCACACAUGCAUACUUGUAGUCACGUGACUGCCUUUCAUUUAAGUGCUUUUGAAAUGUUUAUUUAUGAUGGGCACUACUUUGUUACUGUUUUUUCCUAAUUUUUUAACCACCUACGUACAAUUAAAAACCAAUAACUUGGACAGUUUUAACAAAACCCUCAUAGCCAGCUGAAAGAUCUGAGGAUCUCCAGUUGUGGAAAUCAGUAUGUGCAAGAGAGGGGAGCGGUCACUAGACCAGAAGGUCACAGGGAAGUUAAGAAAAUCCAAAAACAAAAGAAAACCCAGGGAAUCUGAAAUUCUGGUGGUUUUCUGGGGUUACAGGGAAAUGCUCCCUCCAAAGACAAACUCUGCAGUACUUAACCGCAGCACUGUAUACUCAAGAGGCCAUGCACAUCUCAAAGUAGCCAAGCACCACAUUAGUCAGAUACCACAACCAACACCUGCAUGAACAGCUGCCAGACUCAGAAAAAGAGAAACAUUAUACAUCAAGUUGAUGGCAGGCUGCUUGUAAACCAGUCGCACACGGUCGGAGGGAAGUUACGAUUUGAUGGCUGGUCCAUCAGCACCCACGGGGCCGACGUGCGUGGAGAGGGACUGCAUUUAUACUGGCACGGUCAAAUUUUGGAUUUUGCCUACGUUUUGAGAAAUCAGUGUUCUCACCAAAAAACAGCAGCAAACGUAAAAGAUCCAAAGUUGUAAACUCAGUCUAGUAUUACUGUCAGGUAGCCCAAGAGAUUUUUCACGGUUGGAUUGAUCAAGGAAGAAGGCUCCAAUUUAUUUUUAGGCAAUGAAACACUCUGAUGUCCCUUCUGGUGCUUGUGGCAUCUGAGAAAAAUUGGCAGCAAUGACUUAGCCCACUCGAUAGGAUUAACAGAAAGGCCAUUUACCUCGGUCUAGCCAGCAUGGACCUUCGAAUAUUGUAAAUAGCUACUUUCUGUAACGAAGCUGAUCAUUCAGAGCUCACGUCACAGCCAGUGAUGGCUCUGCUCAGCUUGAUGUAUUACACUUUGAUGAACUCUGAUUGCAGUGACAAUGCAUUCAGUCGCUUCUGAGAUUCCUCAAAGAAUGGGCGUCAGAAGUCAGACUCCUCUCGGGUGUCUCCCACCCCUACAAAUCAAUACAUCUUCAAGUGGAGAAAAUACUAGCAAAAACAAGUGGGGGGCAGGAGCGAUGGACAAUAAUUUGAGGGGAGGAAAAAAAAAAAAAAGCUUCUGAAGUGACCUUCUGCAAUAAGUAGUGACUGCUCCUCUCCAAAACCUAGAGUGUGUGGUUUGUGGAGUAAGAGGUUACCAGUAUUAACGGCGUUUAUUGGCUGCUGAGAAAUGAGAUGUAUUUUUUUUUAUAUAUAUACACAUAUAAAAAAAUAAGAGUGAGGUAGAUAAAUGUUUGAAAAAAAUCAAAAACUGUCCCCCUGUCAUACUCAAAAACCCUUAUCUCAGUAUUUAAAUUUAAUUAUGGGGCAUCUCUACAGUGAUUUAAACUGAUAUCACAAAAUAAAUAAAAAAUCCUACAUAGAAUACCUUCUUAAUUAAACUUUUUUUUGUCUUUUUCAUUUUUUUUUUUUUUAAAGGGAAAAAUAACUAUGGGACAGAAGCAAGAGAAGAUAGCGGGACCUAAAACUACACAAGCAAAAUGCACUACAAACAUUUUUUUUUUAAACCUCCGGUCACAACUAGCAAUCAGUAUAUUUUAAUUCUUGUUCUUACUCAAAAAAUUUAAACAUUUCCAUCCCAGGACAACCUCUACUGCCAUCAUUUGGUUGAAUCAGUGCUAAACAAGGGUUUACAUGCUAUAACUAAAGUUAAGAUGAGUAAUGGGCAUGGCUCCUUGGUUCUAGACGUCAUCAUGGCCCCCUCCAUCACUGUCCCACAGUUCACCAAGGCUUCUGGAACUGAUCGAGCAAGCAAAUCUCCCUCUCAUUGUGGAGUUUGGUCUGAGCAAUGAGCUUGUACUCGUACAAACUUCAGUAGCUGCCAACAUUUCUCCGUUUGCUAGCAAAUUUGGCAGCCCCCAGCCACUAGAGAGCACGCUGGCCCUCCCCCCACAUGAUCUGAACUUCAUGUCAUUGCAUUUGGAGAGCUCGAGCAAGGUAUAGCCCAGAACGCGGCCCCUGAACGUUUGCUUAUUGGGAAGGCGAGUGGCUAGGGGGCUGCUGGGUCAAGGCAUUUUAAAUGGCCAGAGUCUCAGAAAACCCUGGCACCAUCAGCAGCAACCAAUUUAGCUGUUGUUCAUGGGAUGGAAGGGUUAAAAUAUUCGGUUUUAGAAAAUAGUGACCCAAAAGCCUGGUGUCUACUGUUGUACCCAACAAUUAAAAAAAUGUGCGAGUGUGCGUGCGUGUAUCUGUGUGUGUGUCACAACCAAAACAAAAGGCAAGGGAAGGAGGGGGUGAGACUCUUGUACAAUGAUGAUUAUGAACACUGAACAAGAAUGUACUAAAUAUUUAACCUUUUUUUUUUUUCUGACCUGAGUUUGUAUCAUGCCUUGCACUGUAACAGACUCGAGUGCUGUUUGGGUGGAGGUUAGCGGGAAGGAAGGAGGCUGGGGAAUUAAAAAGAACCACCACGACACAGUAUCGCGGGAGUGCUACCAGUCAUGCGUCCCCCUUCUCCUCCGAUCCCUCAAGAGCCCUGUAACCCACACAGCCAAGAUGCUGGAAAACAACUAAUGGGAAAAAAAAGGAGGAAAUGUGUUUAUAAAAAGGCAUUAAACAGUUCAUGGCAAAUCAUAUGAAAGGUAUCCAUUACUGGGAAGGAGGAAGUAAAAGUUACACACUAUAGUACAAAGCAUAAGAAAUUUGUCGGAAAAGGGGGAGGGGGGGAAGGGAAGGAGGGCAGACCUGAAGGUUUUCAUAGAUUAAAUCCACAAAGAUAAAGAACAAAAAAAAUAGCAGCUUCUUUCUGUACAGACAUAUAGAUGAGUAUCUGAACCGUAAAAAAGUUAUAAAAGUGACACAAAAGACAAUGUGUAUGCAAAUGAUCCAUGGUCUAACAUAGAACUGCAAGACCCUUCGAGAAGUCUUAAUAACAGAGAGAAAAGGGCAACAAAGCGCCGGAUGCUUGAAUCCGCUUACUGCUUUCUGUCGUCUCCAAUUUGUGUGUUUCUACGUGCGCUUUCCUGCAAGCCUGCGAAGGAAGGCAGGCUGCCACGACAGAGAUCCCUUCCGGUUCGUCUGUUUACUGUAUUGAUUUUUGGCGUGCGAUUGACUUUUUGCACGAAAUGCGUGUGUUUGGCUCACCACUGCCAGUUUUGUCCAGAAUUCGUAAGGGUGGGUGUUGGGUGCAGGGGUGGCGGGGAGGGCUGAUUCUAAACCCCACCCCAGCUUCUCCAUCAUGAGAAAAAAAAUUCGUUUUUUGUCCAGUUUCAAAAAAAAAAAAAAAAAAAAAAAAAAAAAAAAAAAAAAAAAA